GAGGACUGCGGGGCGGCGGCCAGCACGCCAGGCCCACGGCCAGCUCCCGAGGACGGCGCCAAAUGGGCUGGGCCGCGCUCGCCGGGCCCGCCAGACCGCGCCGGGUCCUCCAGACCGCGCGCCGGGCCCGCCAGACCACGCUCUCCAGGCCGGGUCCGCCAGACCAGACCGCACUGGCGGGGCCCCACCAGACCAGACCGCGCCGGGUCCUCCAGGCCGCGCUCUCCAGGCCGGGUCCUCCAGACCAGGCUGCGCGCCCCAGGCCCGUCAGACCGCGGUCUCCAGGCCGGGCCCGCCAGACCAGGCCGCGCUCGCCCAGGCCCGCCAGGCCGCGCCGGGUCCUCCAGACCGCGCUCUCCAGGCCGGGUCCGCCAGACCGCGCUGGGUCCUCCAGACCGCGCGCUGGGCCCGCCAGACCGCGCGCUGGGUCCUCCAGACCGCGCGCUGGGCCCGCCGGACCGCGCCAGGCCCACCAGACCGCGCGCGCCAGGUCCUCCAGACCACGCUCUCCAGGCCGGGUCCGCCAGACCAGGCCGCGCUCGCUGGGCCCGCCAGACCAGCCCGAGCUCGCCGGGCCCGCCAGAUCGCGCCGGGUCCUCCGGACCGCGCCAGGCCGUGCGCGCCAGGUCCUCCAGACCACGGUCUCCAGGCCGGGUCCUCCAAACCAGGCCACGCGCGCCGGGCCCACCAGACGGCGCUCUCCAGGCCGGGUCCGCCAGACCAGGCCGAGCUCUCCAAGCCAGGCCGCGCCGGGUCCUUCAGACCCUGCGCCCCGGGCCCGCCAGGCCGCGCUCACCAGGGCCCGCCAGGCCGCGCCGGGUCAUCCAGACCGCGCUCUCCAGGCCGGGUCCGCCAGACCAGGCCGAGCUCGCCCGGGCCCACCAGACCAGACCGCACUGGCGAGGCCCCAGCAGACUAGACCGCGCCGGGUCCUCCAGGCCGCGCUCUCCAGGCCGGGUCCUCCAGACCAGGCCACGCACCCCGGGCCCGCCAGACCCGCCCGACCGCGGCCUCCAGGCCGGGCCCCCCAGACCGGGCCGCGCUCACCUGCGCCCGCCAGACCAAACCGCACUUGCCGAGCCCGCCAGGCCGUGGCGGGUCCGCCCGACCGCGGUCUCCAGGCCGGGGCCACCAGACCGCGCCGGGUCCGCCAGACCACGCGCUGGGCCCUCCAGACAGCGCUCUCCAGGCCGGGCCCUCCAGGCCGCGCUCGCCCGGGCCCGCCAGACCAGGCCGCGCUCACCCGGACCCGCCAGACCCGGCCACGCGCUACCGGCCAGGCCCCGGGAGGUCCUCCCGACCCUGCGCGCCAGGGCGCCCGACAGGCCACGCUCGCCCGCACCCGCCAGACCCGGCCACGCUCCGCAGCCCAGGCCGCGCCGGGUCCUCCCGACCCUGCGCGCCAGGCCCGCCCGGCCGCACUCGCCCGCGCCCGCCAGCCCCGGCCACGCGCUGCCAGCCAGGCCGCGCCGGGUCCUGCAGACCCUGCGCGCCAGGCCGCGCUCACCAGAGCCCGCCCGACCAGGCCGCGCUCCGGGCCUGCCAGGCCUCGCCUGCCACCCUCGCCGUCCGCGGCCGAGCCCAGCCGAGCUCGCAACCCGGCCUCGCUGAGGCUGCCGAGCCUGGCAAUCGCGCCUCCACCUGCUGCCUCGGGGCCCAGCUCGCGGCCGCCGGGCCUCCUCAGCACCUCGCUCAGAGCCUGCCAGCCAGGCCGCCAGCCCUCUCCGUGCUAGUCUCCGAUGUGCUCCAGCAAGGAAGGCCUCCCUCGCUGUCCACUCUCCCUUCUCUAUUGUACCGUGUCUUUCGACGUGUGCUGUUCAGGUGUUAUUUCACCAAAUUAAGAGUCCCUUCCCUCUGUCCAACUUUCCCCUACAGCUACUGCCUCACUUUUCCGCUCCUCUUUAUAUGAACACUCUGAGAUUUCUACUCUCGCUUCUACCAGACACUCCCCUCCCCUUGUCCCCUGCACUGGCUGUUCCCCCAGAGCCACGUGACCCACGGCUUUUCGGCUUCAAGUCUUUGCUCAAAUGUCACUUUCUCAGCGACACUUACCCCACUGAAUAUUCCUGAACACACACUCCUGAGACCCCCAGCACUCCUGACACCCCUUCCUUUUCUUUUUUACAGCAUUCAUCACAGUCUGAUAUACCACUGAGCCAUUGUUUGUUCUUGUCUGUCUCCCACUCCACUAGA